GCAAAAUGAAUACCUGUUGCAAAUUUCUGAAGCCGCCACUGUCGCCUCAAGGCACCGAUCCGCGAGCCCUUAGUAUGCGAUGACGUCAGGAGGAGGAGGAGGCGAGCAUGGCUGCACGGAGCAGGGCCACCUGCCGGCGACCGACCGCCGUGGCCGCGACGAGGACGCCCCUCCCCAUUCCGCGCCGCCAUUCCCCUUCCCCGAAGCAGCGCUCGAGACGAAGAAGAAGCAGAAGCUGGUGCAGCAGCCCUCGCUGGAGAUCCCCGACAGUGCGCUCGUCGAGAUCCUGUCGCGGGUGCCCUACAGGUCGCUCUGCCGCUUCAAGUGCGUGUCCAAGCCAUGGCUCGCCCUCUGUUCCGACCCGGACAUCCGCAGGAGGUGCCCGCAGACCCUGUCCGGCUUCUUCUACAACCGGAGCGGCUGCGGCCUCAGCUUCCGCAAUCUGUCCGGGAGAGGCCCCCCUCUGGUCGACCCUUCGCUCCCGUUCCUACGAGGGCGCUACGGGCGCGUCGAGAUCCAGCAGUGCUGCGGCGGCCUCCUCCUCUGCAGAUACUGGGACUCGUACAAAGGGCGGAACAAGAAGAAAUUCGGGUACGCUGUGUGCAAUCCUGCCACCGGGGAAUGGACUGUGCUGACCCUCAUUGUUUUGCCGGACCCGGUGGACGGCGUUCCUGUGAUCUACAAUGUGAACGAUCUCUUCCUGGGGUUCGACGCCGCCGUUCCGUCCCGCUUCGUGGUGUUUGCGCCCCUGAGCAAUUCUUUCGGCGAGUUCGCGCAGGUGGCCAUCUUCUCAUCGGAGACUAGGCGGUGGGCUUCCGUGGAGAGCGAGUGGCCUUACAAAACCGUUCUUCUUGGUGGUACGGCUUGUGCCUACCUGAAUGGCACAAUGCAUCUGACUACCCAUAGUGGUACAAUAGUCAGUGUCGACGCGGAGGGGGAGACUUGGAGGGAAAUUGAGGAUGGCAUGGAGGAGUACCGUGAGGUUGUUUCUAUUGGGCAUUCUCAGGGCAGCUUGCAUGCUUGGCUGAUAGAUAAUGAUAAGGAUCCCGAACUCUGUGUUUGGGUUCUUGAAGAUUAUGGUAGUGGAAAGUGGACCCUGAAGCACACUGUUGAGAUAUCGGAACUUUUCGGGAGGCAGCCGGACAAAGACGAAGCGUGUUAUAGCAUGCUUGCAAUCCAUCCAGAUUGUAAUUUGGUUUUCCUCACCGACAACAAGAAGAUGACAGUGUCGUAUGAUAUGGAUACUCGGAAAGUUGAUGUUAUCUGCACUUCUGGAGAAUUACUGGUUGGUGCACCUUAUGUUCCUUGUUUUGUGGAAAUGUCGGCAGGUGGUCACUGAGAGUCGCUGCUGCUUUCAUGUACUUGAAGUGGAAGUACUUCACAAAUACCAGUUGUUGGGUAUGAGCCUAAGUGUCUUGUUUUGUGGACUGGCUUGGAAAUGUCUCAGGCUCUUAGCUCCUAUGUCUACUUCAGUUUGUUCUUCCUAUCUGUCUGUGUUCAGAACUUCAGAUGUGUGCCAUUUGUGGCUUUGAACAUCACUGGUUAGCCAUACAGAAUUUCUGUGGAACCGUCUGAUGGGUCAUUAUCGAGGUCACUUUGUUAGCUCCUCACGUGGGCUAAAUUUGACAUCUUA